AUGGAGUUACUCACAAAGUUGCCUCUCCUUACCACCCCCAAACUAGUGGACAAGUUGAGAUCUCAAACAGAGAGCUCAAGAGCAUACUUCAGAAGACAACAGGCAAAACAAGAAAGGAUUGGAGUGCCAAACUUGAUGAUGCUCUAUGGGCAUAUCGCACUGCUUUCAAAACACCACUUGGUACCACCCCCUUUCAUCUUGUUUAUGCAGGAGAAAGGAAGAUUGAUUCAGCUGAAUGAGCUUGAUGAGAUUAGGCAUCUGGCUUAUGAGAAUUCAAAGAUCUAUAAGGAGAGAACCAAAGCUUUCCAUGACCGCAAGAUCAUCCCAAAGAACUUUGCGCCAAACGACCAAGUUCUACUAUUCAACUCAAGGUUGAAACUCUUUCCAGGAAAGCUUCGCUCAAGAUGGUCAGGACCAUUCAGGAUUAAAGAAGUUCGCCCCAAUGGAGCAGUGGUAUUAUGGGAUCCGAUGGGAGGAGACUUUACAGUCAAUGGACAAAGGUUAAAACCUUACCUAGCCUCCACCACCAUACCACAGGAGACCACACUAGCUCUUGGCGAUCCACCAGAUCCUUAA